UUUCAUCAUGAUCUAAUCACAAUAGUAGUAAAUCAUGGAACCUACAAGUUCUCCAUCUUCAACCCCUUCACCAAAUCACAACAACACUUCUUUUGCAUCUCGCCUUAAGAACAGUUGCUUAUCUUUCGCUGUUUCAAUUCAAGAAACAUUUAGAUAUGCAAAAGCUUCUUUUGUCGGUCAGGCAAAGACUAUAACUGCUAAAAACGAGAAGGAAGCAAGUGAGGCUGAACUGGAGACUUCAAAGAAACAGGUUGAAGCUGCUGAUGCUGCUGAAGAUAUCAAGAAUAGGCUUGAUAAUUAAUGUUUAGCUUUUUAAUUAAUCCACGAUACUAGGUGCUACUAAUUUGCAAUAAAAUUUAAUUAUCGUUUUUCUUUU